AUGACCACCAUGCCAUUUACCCCAAUUGAUGGACACGUUGGUGCCUCGAGCCACAUCCCACCAGUACUUAACACCAACCAAAUUCCCGCGACCGCCCACUCUAUCCCUUCUUACCCAACACUACAAAAUACCCAUUCUGGCAUCACUAUACAACCAAAUAUUACCCCACUACCAACUGACAAAAGCACCCCUAUUACCCAAAUUCGCCCUGCUGUCUCUUUCCACACACCUGUCACACCAGGCACCUUCUCACCCUAUCAAGAAAUUAACCAUUAUGAGGAGAUAGAAAAGGCAUGGAAGGCUGAACAAGAGAAACAAGAAGAAAGGCUUGAGUGGAAGAUGACUAACAUGUUGGAACGAUCCAUGAGGACUACCCUCACUGGCACAGGUCUGAGCUAUGAUGAUUUGUGUAUGCAUCCUAACUUGGAUUUAUUCGAAGGCUUCAAAGUACCUCGUUUCGAAUUGUUCAACGGGACGAGCAAUCCUAAAGCGCACCUGCAGGCCUACUGUGACCAAUUAGUCAGUGUCCGAGACAAUCAAGCGCUCAUUAUGAGAUUGUUCAACCGAAGUUUGACUAGGGAAGCAUCAGAAUUGUUCACGGCACAAAACAUACGCUGUUGGGUCACAUGGGAAGACAUGGUUGCAGCUUUCAUGGAAAGAUUCUGUUUUAAUAUGGAGACUGUACCAGAUAGAUAUUAUUUGGAGAAAGUAAAAUAG